AUGGAUCAGGAGGAGCAAGAUAGAGCGUUGCCCAUUGCAAAUGUGGGUAGAAUCAUGAAGCAAAUUCUUCCUCCCAGUGCAAAGAUCUCCAAGGAAGGGAAACAACUAAUGCAAGAGUGUGUGACAGAGUUCAUAAGUUUUGUGACUGGUGAGGCAUCUGACAAGUGUCACAAGGAGAAUCGCAAGACCGUUAAUGGGGAUGACAUCUGUUGGGCUCUAAGUUCCUUAGGGUUCGACAACUAUUCUGAGGCCAUAGCCAGGUACUUGCAUAAAUACAGGAUAGCUGAAAGGGAGGAGAAAAUGAAUCACAACAAAAAAUAUGAAGGAUCAGCAACAAAGACUCUCAACCAAACUCAACUCAUCCAUGCUCCACCACCAUCACUCUCUAGGGUUACUGACAUGGUUGAAAACCCUCCCACCACAAAUCAAUCUGGAUGA